AUGUCAGAAAUGAGCGAGACUGAGAAGUCGCUGUCACUUCCUUCGGCGCCUGCCAUCAACGUUACGCCUGCAUUGACGGUGCAAUCGCCGCUAUCGAGAGCAGGCAAGGGUCCAGCGCUGAUUAUCUUGAUUGAUCAGGAUGCUGCGAUGAAAGCCUCGAUAGACAGCAUCGACCCUCCACCACUGCAAAAGUGGGCAGAGGAGAGUUUCGUUGUUGCCCAAGUGGACAUAUGCAAACUACAAACAAGCUUCGAGGAUACUCUGUCCGACGCCAUCUCAAUCAUCAAAGGCGUUCCGAGUUUUGAUGGUAAUGAGAAGUUUGGUGUAAUUUCAUACCUAUCUUCAUGGCCUGCUCAAAUUACUCACGCACUGGAAACAACCCAAGACAUAGCCUCGAUAGUCGUUUAUGGGUCAUCAGAGGUUGAAUUUACCAAACCGACACUUUUCCACAAACCUGGCAACCCACCGAUACCGAUCAAGAAAGAUGCGUCAAAGAAGAACAAGACUUACUACUAUCCCAAAGUCGAGCCAUUCUUUGUGCUACCAGCACAUAAAUCUUUCCACGCUUCAUCGGCAUCAGUAUCGCAUACACGCACGCUCAGCUAUCUGAAACCAAUUCUCGGUGGUCCAUACUUUGAUCUUGAGGAGAUUUGGGAAGAGCACUGCUUGUACGAGUUUGGUGAGCGAGCUGUUGAAAAGACCAUGUCUACUAUGGUCCAGGAACCCUAUGUCAAUCAUAUCCCUACGUUGACCGGCGGUAUCGGAAGAGCCAGGUUAACAGACUUCUACCGUGACCAUUUCGUCUUCAACAAUCCAGACGAUACCGCUCUGGAACUGGUUAGUCGAACUGUGGGCAUCGAUCGGGUAAUCGACGAGUUCAUCUUCAAUUUCACUCAUGACAGAGAAAUUGACUGGCUACUUCCUGGAGUCCCGCCGACAGGANAAAAGUGCCGCCUACCAUUCACCAGCAUUGUCAAUAUUCGUGGCGACAGAUUGUACCAUGAGCACAUCGCAUGGGACCAAGCUACUGCUCUUGUCCAGCUUGGUCUGCUGCCGGAGUACCUUCCGUUCUCGUAUCCGAUCGAGGGUAAGACUGCGGCACCAGGCAAACAUUUCGAAUAUAGAGUGCCGGCAGCUGGUGUGGAGACUGCGCAGAAGUUGGUCGACGAGUCCUCUGUGGAGUCGAAUCAGAUGCUUGCGUUUGCUAUUCGAGAGGCCGACGACUAA